AUGUUCAAGUCACUAGGCUUGCUGGCCAAGCUGCCAUGCCCUGAUCAUGCCAAGGGCGAAUGUGAGGCCAACAGAGCGCUGUGCCCCUUUUCGCACCAACCCGUUCCACCCGUCCUCAUGACAACGAUCAGCGCAACACCUACCGCAUCAACCAGUCGAAUCGGUCUUCAAGGCGCGAAUCGUCAGCGCGCUGCUUCCACCUCUGCAACUGCAACUUCACCUGUGCCCGACAGUCUGAAGCGAUCAGCCCCGACGGUAUCGGCGAAACCGGGUACCGAUGCCAGCGCUUCAGCAGCUGCACCGCCGCUCAAGAAGGCCAAGAACGCAUACACCGCCUCCAAAAUCGCCUCGAUGCCCUCUUCAGCGAACGCUGCUUCGACGUCAAAGAGUACGAGCAACAGCAACGACUGGUCCUUGGUCGGUCUCCAACCGCCCAAGAUCGGUUUCAAGGAUCAUCCAGCCUCGUCCAAGAUCCCACUCUCUGCACGUCAGAACGGUCUCCAAGCUUUCUACAACGGCUUCGUCUCUGCAUACGAGCCUAUCCUGCAAAGCCCAGACCCAGUUGUCGCGGGAUGUGGUCAGAAGCUGUGCCGUGACCAUGCCCUGGAGCAAGAAGCUCAACAUUUUGCCAAAGUCGACAAGAACUCGUACAAGAACAGUAGCAUCACGUUGCUCGUCAGUCUCAAGAAGCGAGACAGACAUGCUCUUGAGACCGCCGCCGCUGCUGCAGCCAACGAGGCACGCGCGCAUCAAGGUCAGCCCGACUUGCACGAGAAGGUGUUGAAGGUGCUCGUCGAGCAAUGUACCGAGACAGGGACAGUGUCGCAGGUGGACGCCAAGAGGAAAGCCGUACAACAGAGAAGGUCGGGCAAGCUGGAUCGAGACCGACUGGAAAAAGCUGCUUUCAUCUGUCCCGUCGACCAGCUGGAGAAGUACGAGUAUACCGCUGUGAUCCCACCGGAAUGGCAAGCCGAGGGGGGGAGCAAACCAGACGCUACUGGCGAGGUUCACGAAUGCGAGCGCUGCGGAAAGAAGUUCACUGUGGGCGGCGAAAUGAACGAAACCGGUACAGAGAGGAUCCCACAGGGCGAAAAAGAGUGUACCUACCAUUGGGGUCGGCGUCGAUACGACAAGCAAGGCGGGAGAGGAGGAGGAGGACGCGCUCAGAAGUGGACGUGCUGCGACAAGGCGGUCGGCGGCAGCACUCUGGGCGACGACGGUUGCUGCUUCGGCCCGCACGUGUUCAAAGAGACGGCAGGGCUCGACUUGCAUCGUCGAGAAGCAUUCAUCACCACCAAAGAGCUCGUCGAGUCGGUCAAGAGAGAGCAAGGCUCGAGCAAACUGGCACCGCUCGAGAUUGUGGCGCUCGACUGCGAGUUGAGCUACACUACGGCUGGAUUGACUUUGACCCGGUUGACAUUGGUGGACGAACAGGGUGAUAUGAUUCUCGACGAGAUUGUUCGCACGCGAACCGACAUUGUCGACUACAACACGCGCUUCUCGGGCAUCACUGCGGAAGCGUACGAGGAGCAGGCAGUGUUUGACCUGCCCGGCGUGCGCAAGACCAUGGCGCAAUUCGUGGGCGAGAACACCGUCCUGGUUGGGCACGGUCUGGAGAACGAUUUACGAGCGAUCCGGUUGGUGCACCACAAGGUGGUGGAUACGGUGAUGCUCUACCCGCAUGCCCGCGGGUUUCCCUUCCGCACAUCUUUGCGAGACUUGACAGCGAGAUUCCUGGGCAAGAUCAUCCAGAACGGCACGAGCUUGGGCCACUCGUCUUUGGAGGAUGCGAGGAUGUCGUUGGAGCUCGUCAGGCUCAAGAUGGUCACUGACCCCACCUCGCCUUUUGCAAGGAAAGUGGAGGAGAAGAGCGAGGCGAAGCCGGAGAGGGCGACAGGUGUGGCCGUCGAGUCUCCUGCAAGCAAGCCGGCAGCAGCUCCUGUGCGCUCCAGCCUGUUUGGUGUCUCGUUAGCCACCGAAAGCGCGCGUUCCGUCUUUCAAAAGUGA